AUGCAAGCAGAGGAUGCUGCCCGCGAGACCGAGGUUCAGGCGCAGUUGAAGAUUGCAGAGGCUGAAACAGGGGCCGACCUCAAGAUCGCCGAGGCCCAACGCCGUGUCAGGAAGGAUUUCGCCGACGCCGAGGAGAGAGCAAAGUCUGCCGAACAGAGGGCGAGGGAUGCCGAGGAAGCCGUGGCGGAGGCUGAGCGCCGCGCCGCCAAUGCUGAGAAGCGCUGCGCCCAGACCGAAAAGCUGCUGAUCGCGUACAAGCUCGUUUUGGACGACAAGGGACGGUCUUCUCCGGAGCCGGAGAAUCGCGGUGUCGGCGCUUCAGUCCUUGAUGAGGCUACUAUCGACGCACCACGUUGCCGCUGGAGCCGCUCUUCUACUCUGUCUCGGGAGGACGACGACAAGCCUGGCAUGACGUGA